AUGGGGAAGUCUAAGAAUGAUUCAUUGAGCCACGAGGAGAUAUGGGACGAUUCUGCCCUUGUGCGGUCUUGGGAUGAGGCCGUUGAAGAGUACCAGCUCUAUCACAGCAUCCACGCCAAAGGGGAGAAUGUGGACGAUGUCCUGAGAGAAGCUGAGGAUGCUGGUAUUACCAAGGAUGUCGAUAUGAACGAAGACGAAACUAUGGAGGGAACGGAGGGUGCAGCACCGACCGUCGAAGCCGAAGCCGAAGCCCAACAUGAGCCUCAGGAAACUCAAGAUCAACCAAUCGGUCCUCAGAAACCCCAGGCUACUGAUAUCAAACCAACACCGGCUUCGGCUCCAAUUCCAGCAGCUCCGGCUUGUCCAACUAUGCCGAUGCCAGAAGCGGUCAUGGCCAAUGUCCAAGAUGAAAACUUGAAACGCCUGAUGAUGUCUUGAAUUAACAAAGAGUUACAGAAUUACGACUCAGAGCGCACCUUCGCAAAGCGUUAA